CAGAGAACUUGAUUUUCCCUUAUUUUAGUGUUUUAAAGAAGUAUCUGGGAUAUAAAAGUUAACUCUAACCUGGGAAUAUCUGCCUGCUCUUGUAUUUUCCUUAAAAUGAACAAGAAGUCAUUUUAUUCCUCAGUUGGCCCUCUUUAGAUGGAGAUGGAUCCUUGGAUUAGGUGAAAAAUCCCCAAGAGACCCUGGAGAAUUGAUAAAUUCAGGCCAUUUGUGUUUGUCUUGCCUGUUUCCCUAGGAUAAUUAAACAGUGAUGGAUCAGAAUUAGGCUGCAGCAGGGACUGGGGAAAAAAAUCUCCCGGCAUCCCUUCCCGCAGAAGCGUCAGCCACGGCAGUGAGUGUAGCUGCCACUUUAACUGACAUGUCUUAAAUUCUGCUCUGGGAAGCUCUGGGAUGCUGUCUGCAGCCUCGGCAACUUCUCUUCUUAUGCCCUUUAAUUGAGAGUCUCACUGGAGACCAAGAAAUAAAACAGGAACUGAGGAUUUUUGUUGGCCUUUAACUUGAGAACUGUCGUCUUCUUUUUGUUUGCCUUAAAAAAUCUGGUAGAAGAGAGGGAAAGGCAUCUCCACAGUGAGGCUAGACUCAUUCCUCCAAAGUUACAGCUGCUCUAAAUCUGUUUUCUCGCACAGAUAUGGCAACAAGCAGCCGUCCCUUUGCAUCAUUUGAUACAAAACUGGCCUCGGGAUGGUUUGGAUCGUCUAAUGUGAGCAGGUCAACAUCAAACAAGGUGGAUCUCAAGUGUGGCCUAGAAGAAUGUGCGGUGGCAUUGAACUUAUUUCUAAGUAACAAAUUUACAGAUGCCUUAGAAUUGCUUCGACCGUGGGCUAAGGAGAGUAUGUACCAUGCCUUGGGCUAUAGUACCAUUGUGGUGUUGCAGGCCGUCAUGACCUUCGAGCAACAGGACAUCCAAAACGGCAUUUCCGCCAUGAAGGACGCAUUGCAAACCUGCCAAAAAUACAGGAAAAAAUGCACGGUGGUAGAAUCUUUCUCAAGUCUUCUUUCUAGAGGAUCAUUGGAACAGCUGACUGAAGAGGAAAUGCAUGCCGAAAUCUGUUAUGCCGAGUGUCUCCUACAGAAAGCAGCACUCACGUUUGUGCAGGAUGAAAAUAUGAUCAACUUCAUCAAAGGUGGACUCAAAAUUAGGACAAGUUACCAAAUAUAUAAAGAAUGUCUUUCUAUCCUGCACGUAAUUCAGAAGAGCAAAGUUGAACAGCAGUUCUUCUAUGAGUUUGAAGGGGGUGUCAAGCUUGGAAUAGGUGCCUUUAAUUUGAUGCUCUCCCUUUUACCAGCACGGAUUAUCAGACUACUAGAAUUUAUAGGAUUUUCGGGAAAUAGGGAGUUGGGCCUCCUGCAGUUACAGGAAGGUGCAUCAGGAAGAAGCAUGAGGUCUCCACUAUGCUGCUUAACUAUACUAGCUUUUCAUACUUAUAUCUCCCUAAUACUUGGUACAGGAGAAGUGAAUGUUGUGGAAGCAGAGAGUCUCCUUGCACCCUUCCUCCAGCAGUUUCCAAAUGGCUCCCUCAUGUUGUUUUAUCAUGCCCGGAUAGAGCUGCUGAAAGGGAAUGUGGAAGAGGCACAAGAGAUAUUUCGAAAAUGCAUUUCAGUUCAAGAAGAAUGGAAACAGUUUCACCAUCUCUGUUACUGGGAGCUGAUGUGGAUUUAUGUAUUCCAACAAAACUGGAUGGAGGCAUAUUAUUAUUCCGAUCUGCUUUGCAAAGAAAGUAAAUGGUCCAAGGCAACUUACGUGUUCUUGAAAGCUGCAAUUUUGAGUAUGCUUCCCGAGGGGGAUGUAGCAGCAACUAAAGAGGACGUGGUAACUUUAUUCAGACAGGUGGAUAGCUUAAAGCAGAGAAUUGCCGGGAAAUCUAUCCCUACUGAGAAGUUUGCUGUAAGGAAGUCUCGACGUUACUCUGCCUCGUUGCCUGCUCCUGUGAAGCUCAUCGUGCCUGCUCUGGAAAUGAUGUAUGUCUGGAAUGGUUUUCCAAUAGUGAGCAAGAGAAAAGACCUUUCUGAAAAUCUGUUGGUCACUGUCGAAAAGGCUGAGGCUGCUUUACAAAAUGAAAAUAUAAGCGAUUACUCAGUGGACGACGAGUGCUUGGUGAAGCUGCUGAAAGGGUGUUGCCUUAAGAACCUGCAGCGGCCCUUGCAAGCUGAGCUGUGCUUCAAUCACGUCAUCCAAAGUGAAAAGCUACUGAAGUAUGACCACUAUCUGGUGCCGUUUACUCUGUUUGAGUUGGCCUUUUUGUACAAAAGCCAAGGGGAAAUUGACAAGGCCAUAAAGACCCUAGAAACUGCAAGAAACAACUACAAAGAUUACUCCAUGGAGUCCAGGCUACACUUCCGAAUUCAGGCAGCUCUUCACCUCUGGAAAAAAACUUCCUCCGAUUGAUCAGAACAUGAAGGAUGGGGUUUUUCCUCAGUUAGCACUGACAUCUGCGAUAGACUAGAACUUGUAUUAAAGUAGAAAAGUGAUCUUGUGAAUGAGAGACAAAAAAAUAAUUUUAUUGUUAAUAUUU